AUGGUUGAUGAGGCUCGGGAUAGUUUAGUGAAGGAACAAAUGGGAGUUGUUUUGAGAUAUGUGAAUAAAAAAGGAUGUGUGAUUGAACGAUUUCUUGCUGUUGUGCACGUGUCUGACACUACUGCUGAGUCUUUAAAAAAGGCUAUUGAUGCUUUAUUUAUGAAACAUGGUUUGUCAUUGUCUAAAUUGAGAGGACAAGGAUAUGAUGGGGCUUCAAAUAUGCGCGGUGAGUUCAAAGGGUUAAAAUCUCUAAUAUUGCAAGAAAAUCCACAUGCGAUGUAUGUUCAUUGUUUCUCUCAUCAACUUCAAUUAGUUCUUGUUGCUGUUGCUGAAGACAAUAUCAUUGUGAGUGAACUUUUUGCAUAUGUCACAAUGAUUGUGAACACAUCCGGAGCAUCUUGUAAAAGAAGAGAUCAACUUAGAAUGCUUCAACAUGAAAAGAUUGUUGCUGAAUUAGAAAAUGGAGAAAUCCUUACUGGGAGAGGGAAAAAUCAAGAAACUAAUUUGACAAGACCUGUGGAUACUCGUUGGGGAUCACAUUAUUUGACAUUACUUCGUUUAUGUUCAAUGUGGUCUUCAGUGCAAGAAGUGCUGAUAAAUGUAGUUAAUGAUGCAUCAUCUUCUGCGAAUAGAGAACUGAAUCCUCAUGUUCGUCCUGUUGAGGAGGGGGUGACUUGGCUUGAAUGUGCUGAAAUACAGCCUCUACAUCUUCCUGUUCAAGAAGGAGUGAUUCAUCUUCAAUGUCCUGACCUACAUCCUCAACAUCUUUCGGUUGCACAAGGGGUGACGGAGCUUCAUUGUGCAGAACGUUCAACCAGUGCUGGUGGAUUGUCUGCAUUGUCCUCCACGGCAGUCUCACAUGUGUAA